UGCAGUCGACAAAUAUGUCGUUUCUUGGAGUAUCAAGACCUUACUGCCCUCUGUUGUGUUAAUAAAACGAUUAAUGAAUUCUUGAGUAAUCCCAAGAGUUCUAAUGAUAUUUGGUGCAGUGCUCGGCAUAAAUUCAGUACGGUACUAUAUACAGAUCCACCUGAAGGAAUGUCAGAACGUGAAUUCGCAAAACUUUUUAGUUCUGCCAGCAAGUGUCAAUGUUGCGGUAGAACGGAUAAACGAGUGAGAAUUUAUUGGAUCCCUCGAGUAAGAUCAUGCGUCCAGUGUUUGGAAGACAACGCCAUCAGUAUUGAUGAUAUCGAAUAUUGGAAAAUCGACCCAAAAGUUUUAAAGGUUACACCCUGCGUGUCUAAUGAACAUGAAUUUGGAGACGGAAAGGCUUAUUAUUGGGUUCCUCAUCUUCUCUAUUUAUCAGAACAAUUCCAUAGUCUUGAUAUGUACAAUGAAGCAUCUAUAAGUAGAUGGAUCGAAGAUAAGAAGAAGUUAUUACAUAGACUAAUAAACGACGCACUUGAACGGCACCGUAUGCUAUCUAGAACGACAUUCUCCAUAUUCUACCGAGAAGAAAGGGUAGAGAAUAUGGAUGACUUUAACGGUAUAGACCCGUUGUCUAUAAAGACGUAUGAUCGAGUUAAUUUGGGGGUGCCAUCAUUAAAGAAAGUAGUUGAACCUACUGAGGAUUGCUUUGAACCACAAUCAUCUGAAGAAUCAGAAACAACGACUGAGCAGGCUGUUGAAAUGAAAGCAGGUGAAAUGAUGAAGUUAGGACUUGGGCAUAAACCUAAGCAAAAAAAGAAAAGGAGCAGAAAUAAAAAGAUGAAAAUUCAAGAAAAAAAUAAGAUCAAUUCCUCUGAAAAGAAAAAACAAAAUAAAGGGACUGCUGAUAUUCAAGAAGAGCCAAUAGCUAAAAGAACAAGAUCUCAGAGAAAGAAGAAGGCUGAAUCAAAACGGAGUAAAAAAAAAUCAAAAAAACAUGCACCUACUGCUUCAAACGAACCUAUAAAUCCAAAUGCCAACUUUACAGGAGGACCUGGACUAUUCAACAAUGUUGGAUCAUCUUUGUUUCCUUUUCAAGUCGACAAUACUUCUGGUCUAUCAGUAUUUCCGCAAGGGAACUCCAGCAUAAAUAUUACCAAGUCCAAGCGUAGAGAAAUAUUGGUUGGUUUGCGCCAAUAUACAUUGACAAGUAACACCUCACAAGGAACAUAUGGAAUUAGAACUGACGAGCCAAUUUACGAAUUUCUCCCAAUGUGUCAUACAUUCAAAGUUCCUCCACCCGAAAACAAUUUAUGGUUGCCUUACUCUCCACCAUUUUUGAUUAAUGUGAUUCAAAUGAUUCGUUACGAAGCUAUGACCAUGUCUCAGAUGUUCUUUCCGUACCAGCGACCAGGGAAUGUUUUUACACUGGCCGGAGCUAUUGCACAUCGAUUUAAUAGAUAUCCAGUUUUCCAAUGCAAGAUUUGCAAACUUUCACAGGUUGACUUGAUUCAACAAGUGAAAAACCAUGUUGCAGUGAUUCAUCAAGUUUACGAGGAGUUACCAUCAAAUGCAAUAGAAGUGAACGAAUUAAAGUUGAUCGAUUAUUUAGUUGAAGGUUUUGACAUUUGA